AUGACCAAUGAAGAGUCUUCCUUCUCUGAAUCAUCCUCAUCAUCCCUAACAACAACAACUUCUUCAGAAUUCUCUCAAAUUUCUUCCUCCUUUUCAACUUCAAACAAUUCUUCCCUUCUCCAUAAUGAAACCUUCAUCAUUGGUCUUUCGAGUGGAGUUGGAGGUUUCCUCUUUCUCCUAUUCGUCGCUCUUCUUCUCUCUCUGAUUGCUUACAAACUCUAUCAAAAGUGCAAACAAAAAACAAAAAAGCCUUCUUCCUCCUCUCAACAACAUGAACAUUUACUAACGGCUUCUUCUUCAUCAUUGAGAAGGAAAACAAUAACCUCAGGCCUGUGUUGUGGUGGUUCUUCCGAUGAAGAUGGACAUUCGGUCUAUGAAGCCAAUCAGCAGAUUCAAGAGGAGGAUGAAGAUGCCGUAAGUUCCAGCACUACGGCGGCUGCUGCUGUUGGUAUGUUUUCAUCGGAUGAUCUCAUUCCGAAGCCACAUCUCACUGCAUUGAGUUCUUCCUUGAAAAACACGACUCUCAACAUCAACAUGACCAUGACUUGUCAUCAAGUAGAGACACACACUUUUUCGAGUACUUUGGUCGAAGAAGAAGGUGUAGUUACUUCAGGUCAUUAUGAAGAUCUUUGUCCAAAUUCUACUCCAACAAGUUGUAGUACUGCUAUUUUGGGUAAAACUUUGACCGAGGAAUAUGGGGUCUCUUCUCCACUCAUGUCUGGUGGUGGUUCCUAUCAACAAGAACCACAUACACCACACAAAAAAUCAUCCCUUCAUAAUAAUUAUGAUUCGAUUUCGCCAAGAUCCACAUUUGUGAGUGGCAGUGGUGGUAUAGCCAUGCCAUCUUUUGUGUUGAGAAAUUUACGGAAUGAAGAGCAAGUGAUUGCUUCUCAGACAGAUGCCACAACAACAAACAGCAUGUAUUCAUCGCCUCGUAUUUCGAUUGUGACUAGAUAUGAGAGGACUAAUAAUAAUAUUAUGGCUUCUUCGAAUGGAGCAAGUGUGACUUUUAUGAAUGAUGAUGGGGAUGAAUAUGAAAUUGAAAGCGAUGUAGCCAUUACAUUGCAACAACAAGGAUAUGGAGAGCUUAAUUUGAACGAUCCAAUUCAUUUGAAAAGAAAUGAGUUUUUACAAUUUUUGAUUCAUCAACAUCUUCCCAAGUUUUUAAUGUCUACAUCAACAUCAACAAAUGAGACAUCUUCAAGUGAGGACACUUUUAAAAUACCUUUGAGUGAUGCUGAAGAUUUCAUGAGCGAUCAUGAGUUUUCGAAUGAACAUGUAAUUUUCAAAGACAAUUUUCCGGUACCAACAGAAGCAGUCACUCCUGCAAAUUUGGGAAUAGACACGGUAAAAGGUGUGAGCUUGAAAGGAAUUCUUAAAGUUAUGGAAAAUAACGAGAUUGUGAAAAAAGAAAUUUUUGACCUCUACGAACAAUUAUUUCCAACUUUGGAGUCAUUCAUCAAAUUUUUGAUAUCACAAAAAGACCAAGAAAUACGAAACCAAUUUCUAAAAUACUUGUUAGAAAAUUAUAUUUUUUGGAAAUGGAGACUUUGCAGCGAAUACUUUUUGAAAAAAGCUACACGUGUGACAGAUUGGAGUUAUCCAAAUGCAUUUUCCACAUGGGACGAAUUUUUAAGGACAUUCGAUGGCGCUUUUACAGUAGAGCCCAAUAAUGAGCAUACCAUUUCAGAAACGACGAAAAGUACCAACUUGUCGUACAAAGAGAGACCAUUCAAUAUUUCGAAAUGCAUCGGACCCAUUAGGCCUCCCCUUGUACUAUUUUUCAAUCAUCCAAAAGUCAUUGCGGAGCAUUUAACAGUCAUGGAUGCUCUUCUAUUUAGAAAUGUAAAUACUCAUAAGGACCUUACAAUGGAACGAUACACUUGCUUGAAUGGCCAAUCUGCCCCUCUUCACAAACACGAGUCCUCAAGAUAUUCGGCGACCUCGUGUCCAUCUCUUUCACUGUACAUUGAAUUUUUCAACAAGCUUGGAAUUUUUACAAAAUUUUGUAUAUUUUACAAGGAUUUAACCAUUGAUCAAAGAGCAACAUGCAUUGAAAGAUUAAUCAUCAUUUGUGAACAUUUAGAAAGGCUUGGAAAUUACAAUAGUUUGAUGGCCAUUUACUCUGCGUUGACCAGUCAACCAGUGUGUAGAAUGAAAAACGUUUGGGACAAAGUGAGUGAAUCAUCACAAAAUUAUAUUCGACAUUUGGAAUAUAUAUUUAUGAUAAGGAAAAAGUUUGAGAAUUUAAGACGAGCUCAAUUCACCAGACAACCUCCAAUCAUUCCAUAUUUUGGAAUUUUCAUGACAGAAAUGACACAAGUAGAAUCCAUUCACAACACAUAUCUCGACAGCCUCUUUCCAACACAUGUGAACAUGGCUAAAUUGCAUCAAAUUUACAAAAUACAUCAACAAAUUGAGACUUGUCAAUUACAUGCUAGAGAAUAUUUGACACAUAUCCCUCUCAACACCAAUUUAUUCAACCAACUGCAUGAUGAAAUUAUUGGCUUUGACAUUUUCCGAUUAGAGUUGGUAAUAUCCACGCCUAGAGAUGGCAAGACUCCUGCUCGUUCGAUGAGUAUUGACAGCACUUCGUCCACAGGUACUGAUGGUGCACUUACACCUCGAUUGACCGUUUUUACUGAGAGUAAUGGCCAUUCCGCUGUGAUCACAAAUGAAACCUCGAGUCUUUUGACCGUUCCAACCUAUGAGGAUUCGUCUCCACAAACUACUCCUCGAGGAGGAAAAAGAAAGAACCUUGCUGAGGUUGCCGAUAAGGAAUUUUCAACUCAAUCACUAUUGAUUAAUCCAAAAUCUAGAUCAAAUUCCAAUAAUGCGACAAGUUUUUUUGGAGGACUUCUUGAAAGACUUUCUCCAAAGAGAUUAAGUUUCCCCAUGUCACCAACAAGCAACAGCCAUCACCAAAACAAUUUAGAUGCAUCCUUCACAGCUGGAAACACGCUGAUUGUAUCACCACGAGCGAAGAAAUUUUGUGACAGCGAGCCAACGCUUUCACCAAGAAUGCGAGAUAUUAGAAAUCUAGCUGAUUGCAUAAAGUGA